AUGCCCGCAGACUCAACAGCACCCACCAAGGCCCUCGCCGACUUCUUCCCCAACCAGCGCAAGAACCUCCCCAUCGCCCUGACCACCGAAGACGUCAAGGGCAAGACCUACGUCGUCACCGGCGCCACCGGCGGCAUCGGCUAUGAGCUCGCCAAGCACCUCGUCCGCCUUGAGGCCGGCAAAGUAAUCAUUGGCGCGCGCAGCGAGGAGCGCGGCAAGGCCGCCAAGGCGACCAUUGAAAGCGACGCCGCCGGCGGCCGCAAGGAUGUCGUCGAGAUCUGGCCGCUGGACCUCGCUUCGUACGAGUCCGUCAGGGCGUUUGGCAAGCGGAUCGAGACCGUGGAGAGGGUUGACGCGCUGGUUUUGAAUGCGGGCGUUUCGCAUGCCGGGUGGCAGGUCAAGGAGGGCAACGAGUCGCACCUGACGGUGAAUUUCAUUUCGAAUUAUUUGCUCGCCUUUGAGGCGUUGCCGCACAUGCAGGCCGUUGCGAGGACGCACGGCAUCACGCCUCGUCUUGUGGUUGUCGGGUCGAUGGGCGCCUUCUUUGGCGGCGAGAGCAUCAAGAAGUUUCCCGCAGAGGGCAUCUUGGACGAUCUGAAUGACAGGGCCAAGUGGGAGAGCGACUUUACGAACCGGUACACGGUGACGAAAUUGCUGGAGCACAUGGCUGCGCGGCAGCUUGCUUCCCUGAGGCCCGUGUCUGAGCUCGGGGUCGUUGUGAAUGUUGUCGAUCCGGGGUUCUGCAAGACGGGGCUGAAUAAGGAGUUGAGUAUUUGGACGCGGGCCAAGGCAUGGUUCGCCAAAGUUGCGCUGGGGCGGAGCGCCGAGAUGGGAAGCAGGACGCUGGUGCAUGCUGUCAAGGCUGGGGAGGAGAGUCAUGGGAAGUAUUUGACUUCGUGCGAGAUUCGAGAGGACCAUAUUCCGGAGUGGGUGACCAAUGAGACUGGACAGGCGAUUCAGAAGCAGAUUUGGGAUGAGCUUCUCGUGAAGCUGGAUACGAUUGAGCCUGGCUUGCCGUCUCGUGUCAUUGCUGAUUGGGCAUAA